CAUAUUCCACAUUCUGCUCUCUAACCAUGGCAAUACACUUUGCACUUUUACUCCUGUCAGCUCUUGUAGGUGACACAUUUGCAGAUGAUAUUACUGCCAUCAGAGCUGAAGUGUAUUCAUCUCAGGACCUCAGCGUCACUCUAUCCUGUAACUAUUCAGUUAAAGCUAAUAAUCUCCAGUGGUAUCGACAGUAUCCUGGAUCAGCUCCUCAGUUCCUUCUCCUGAUCACAGACACAACAACUCCUACUGUAGUGGAAGCAAAACCUCCAAUCCCUCGAAUGUCUGUUCAGCUGAAACAGAAGAGAAAUGGAGUGGAUCUGGAGAUCUCCUCAGCUGAAGUGACAGACUCUGCUCUGUACGAAGGCAACAACAUUACUCUGUCAUACAAAUACUCAGAGAAAGCAACUGGUACUGAUUACUUCUUCUGGUAUCGUCAAGAUCCAGGAAAACCACCAGAAUUCCUCCUAUCCAUUGCAGGAUAUAAAGAUUCAGCAGAGUCUCUCAAAUCAGACCCAAGGAUUUCUACUAAACUGUCUGAAGACAAGCGUGGUGUGGAUCUGGAGAUCUCCUCAGCUGAAGUGACACACUCUGCUCUGUACUACUGUAGUGAUGGCCUGUGGGUAGAAACUGUUCCUGUGUCUGGAGGUCUUGAUGUACAGUGUGCUGUAGAGCCUCCCAGAGGAGAGAAGUUGGAACAAGUUGUUUCCAGGGUGUGA